AUGAAGCGGAUCUCACAGGCACUGCUGCUAUGCAGCGCAUUGUACCCACCAGCAGCACAUGCGACCCCUACGCCGCACGCCGACGGCCCGUUCUACCGCCAUGACCUCCUCGCCCUUCACAAGAACCUCGUUGAGAUACCCUCGCUCAGUGGCACCGAGGAGGACGCCGCUCUGUUCCUUCAGGAAUAUCUCGGCAAGCAAAACUACUCUGUCGAGCUUCAACCUAUUCCAGCUGGGUUAAACACAGGCUCAAAUGCGAGAUGCAAUGUCCUGGCUUGGCCUACAGCUAAGAAGCCCAGCACCGCCGACUUCAAGCUCCUCAUCACAUCCCACAUCGAUGUCGUCCCACCAUACAUUCCCUACAAAACCACACCGUCAGGGCCAAUCACCCCAGACACCCUCAUCUCCGGCCGCGGUUCCGUCGAUGCGAAAGCCUCUCUUGCAGCGCAGCUCAUCGCUUUAUCCACCCUCAUCUCCUCGGAAUCCAUCUCCCCAUCCGACGUGAUGCUCCUCUUCGUAGUUGGCGAAGAAACUUCCGGCCUCGGCAUGAAGGAGUUCUCCCGCCGCUCCCGCAGCAGCAGCAAGGUUUCUCUCUUUGGCAGCAGCAGCGACGAAAAGCAGUACCGCUUUGCCUCUGCCAUCUUUGGCGAACCUACAGAGAACAAACUUGCGUGCGGCCACAAGGGGAUUACCAAUGGGAUUGUUCGCUCUCGAGGAAAGGCUGGUCAUUCAGGCUACCCACAGCUAGGCAAAUCUGCCAAUGAGGUGCUGAUUCGCAGUUUGCACACUAUCCUCAACACUGACCUUGGUUCGAGCGAGAGGUACGGCAACACGACAGUUAAUAUCGGGGUUCUGGAGGGGGGGGUGGCAGCGAAUGUGAUACCCAAGUCGGCGAGCGCUAGACUUGCUGUUCGGGUGGCAUCGGGAAGUCAAAAGGAGGGACAUAAGGAUGUUAUCGCCAAGAUUGAGCACAUUCUCAAGGAAACAGACGGGGAUGCGCUCAGUUCAGAGUGGCUUGGCGGGUAUGGACCGGUCAAGUGCAAGUGUGAAGUUGACGGGUUUGAGACUAUGGUUGCGAGUUAUGGGACUGAUGUUCCGAAUUUGGAGGGGGGGCAUACGAGUUAUCUCUAUGGGCCGGGGAGUAUCCUUGUUGCGCAUGGGGAUGAUGAAGGGUUGAGGGUGAGGGACCUGGAGGAGGCGGUGGAGGGGUAUAGGAAGUUGAUUUUGCAUGUGUUGGGUGAGGGGGAGGAGGAGGAGGAGGAGGAGGAGGGGGGGGAUUUGUGA